AUGAAUUUGUUUGGAGACCAAGUAGCCACAGUUACAACCUUUGUGUGUCUUUUCAUCGUCUUAGCAGCUUUCUUCAAGACAUUUCACAAACUAUGGUGGACGCCAACUCAAAUACAGAAGCUGAUGGCUUUGCAAGGGAUCAAAGGCCCUGCUUACAGACUUAUCCAUGGAAACAACAAAGAAAUCUCCAACAUGCAAAAAGAAGCCAUGGCAAGGCCUAGAAAUUUGUCACAUGACGUGUUUGCUCUAGUUCAACCUCAUUUGCACUCAUGGACAAAGAUAUAUGGGAAGACUUUUCUUCAAUGGGAUGGUCCUCAACCUGUUUUGGUCAUUACGGAUCCUGAGUUAUGCAAGGAGAUACUAAAUAACAAACAUAGAGCUUAUCCAAAAUCCAACCCGGUAGCCUUUGUGAUGAAGCUAUCACGAAAUGGUCUUGUAACUCGAAAGGAAGGUGAAAAAUGGGCGAAAUUGCGAAAGCUGGCCAACCAUGCUUUCCAUGGAGAGAGCUUAAAAAGUCAGAUUCAUGCAAUGAUAGCUAGUGUUGAGACGAUGCUAGAAAGGUGGGAAAAUCAUGAAGGCAAGGAGAUUGAGGUGUUUGGAGAAUUUAGGUUGUUGACUUCAGAAGUAAUUUCCAGGACAGCAUUUGGAAGCAGCUACUUAGAAGGGAAAGACAUUUUUGAGAUGCUAUUGAAGAUAUCCUCCUUAACAUUUAAAACUGCUUUGAAACCCAAGUUUCCUGGCCUCAGUAGGUUUGUUAAAACCAACGAUGAGAUUGAAAUGGAGAAGCUUGAGAAAAGAAUACGCGAAACCAUUAUAGAGAUUGUUAAGAAAAGAGAAAGGAAGGUAAUGCCUGGAGAAGAAGAGAGCUUAGGGAGUGAUUUUCUUGGAUUACUUUUAAAGGCUUAUCAUGACACCAAUGACAACCAGAGGAUUUCGUUGGAUGAUUUGGUCGACGAAUGCAAGACAUUUUACUUGGCCGGACAUGAAACCACUGCUACUUUUCUGGCCUGGACUGUCUUUCUUCUGGCAUUACAUACAGAUUGGCAAGAGGAAGCAAGAAAAGAGGUCCUACAAGUAUUUGGCAAGCAAACUCCAAACCCGAAAGGCAUUGCAAAACUAAAAACUAUUAGUAUGAUCAUGUACGAGUCCCUGAGGUUAUAUCCACCCGCUGCUUCAAUCGUUAGAAGAAGAGUCGAAAAGGAAGUUAAACUGGGAAGGCUCAUUCUUCCGGCUAACCUUGAAUUGGCCAUCCCAAUUGUAGCAUUUCAUUAUGAUUCUGAACUCUGGGGACAAGAUGUGCAGCUCUUCAAACCAGAGCGGUUUGCUGAAGGGGUUGUUAAAGCUACAGACGAGAAUAUAGCAGCAUUCUUACCCUUUGGAAUGGGACCUCGGAUUUGUGUGGGCUUAAACUUUGCAAUUACAGAAGCAAAGAUUGCUCUGUCGAUGAUUUUGCAACGCCAUGCCUUCACUCUUUCCCCAGCUUAUACUCACUCACCAUCUCAAUUUUUUACAGUUCGUCCACAACAUGGAGUUCAAGUAAUCGUACACUCACUCUGA